UAUUUUUUGUAAAAUCGAUAAUUUUUCCAUAUUUUUUAUUUUGUAUAAUGCCUUUUUAUUACCAUCCAAGAACAUUUACACCUUUACGAGUGGAAGCAGACAGAAAGGCGAUAAAAAAUGGCCUACGUCACGCAGUGUUCACGAAAAAUCGAGAAAAAUAUAUUGGGGAAUGGAAGAAUAACUUGAGGGAAGGAAAAGGAUUUUCCCUUACCAAAAAAGGAAUAUUGUAUGAUGGCGAUUGGGUCAAUGGAUUAAGGCAUGGUUUUGGUGUCCUCAGCAGAAGACUUUUCACCGGCGCUUACAGCUUGGUAUACCGAGGCGGCUGGGCGUAUGGAAAACCUGAAGGUAUCGGCUGGCGGUACUACAACAAUGGAGACAGAUACCUGGGCUUCUGGAGACGUGGCCAGAGGCAUGGUUAUGGCAAAAUGUGGUAUGCCGAUGGCACGUUUUAUGCCGGUUACUGGAAGGCUGAUAGGAGGAAUGGUCUGGGAAUAUUCGUACAAGACAACAACAACCGCUACGAAGGUCACUGGGUGGACGAUCUCAAGGACGGUUAUGGUCAGUUCUACCACAUCCACACCGGGCAAAUGCAGGAGGGCUGCUGGAGGAGCGGCGUGUGCGUUACAUCCAACAUGGCCGAUAUAGCCGUGCGACAGUCCUGCGUGCUGCCAACGCCGUAUCCUAUACCGAGAGUGAAAGUUCUCAACUCAGAGCGAUUUAUGGAAGAAAGUUUGUACUGGCUUUCAAGGGAGAAGGGUGAAAUAGACAAAAAUUUGAAACACUGCAUAAAUCAAAUGUAAUGUUUAUUACAAAAUAA